AGUAGUUUCCAGAGGAGAUGUUUGAUCAGAGUGAGUCGGGGCCACUGGUUACUGAUUUAUUUUUGUGGAGAAGUUCAGAUUGGAUAAAAGGGACAUUUUAAACCAGCGAGAGCCGAAGAUAUGUCUUUAAAUAUCACCUGCGAGAGCAUCAACCUGAAUUUUACGCACGCCUUUCUGCCGCCCGUCUUCAUCACUGUGUUUGUUGUCGGGACGCUGUCAAACAUCUGGGGGCUGAGGAGUGUGUACUGCAGCUGGAACAAAAUCGGAAGCAUUAACAUCUUCAUGUUCAAUCUGGGGGUGGCGGACCUGCUGUACCUGUUCACCCUGCCGUUCCUCGUGUACUAUUACGCACGCAGCAGCCACUGGCCGUUCGGCCAGCCUUUCUGCAAGGUGACACGCUUCUGCUUCAACCUUAACCUUUAUGGCAGCAUCGGCUUCCUCACCUGUAUCAGCAUCUACAGGUACCUGGGCAUCGUGCACCCCAUGAGAGUGAUGGGGAAAAUCACUAGCCGCCACUCGCUGGCCAUAAGCACCCUGGUCUGGCUUUUCGUCAUUAUCCAGAUCCUCCCUGAUUUGUUUUUCGACAAGACUGACUUAAAACACCCAGACGCGUGUUUCGACACCACCUCGAACGACAUGAUUAGACGCUACCUGCCAUACAGCAUCGGCUGGACUGUCACAGGGUUUGCCAUACCACUGCUGAUCAUUUUGGUGUGUUAUGGACACGUUGUUGUGGUUCUCUCCAAAAAAGCCAACAUCAACCCUCUGCUGAAGCAGCGGUGUUUGAAAUUGGUCGUGAUUCUGGUGAUACUGUUCUCCAUCUGUUUUAUCCCCUACCACGUGUUUCGAAAUGUUAAUCUGAGCACCAGGAUUUCAAAAUUAGAUGGGAUUUGCUACACCAGCUUCCGCGGCAUCUACAUUGCGCACCAGAUCGGCAGAUGCCUGGCUUGUCUCAACAGCGCAAUAAACCCGCUGAUUUAUAUUGUAGGAAAUGAUGAGUUCCUAAUGAAGCUUCAUCGGCUCAACAUGCGGGCCCGGCUGUCUCUGGCCGGCCUGAGAGGCGCAGUCAUUUACCGCAAACCCGUGGAAGCCGACUCGCCGCAAGAGACUCACGAUAACUCGGACCUGAUGAAAGGAUAAGACGCACAGUCGGUUCACCAGAGACACACUUCCGUGCGGCUGAUUCCCUGCGUGUCAUGCACUGCCAGGACUCCCACAUCUCCGGAAACAAAGUACAAUAAUGACCGAUGAUUUGCAGGAUAUUAAGCCAGUUAUCAGAGAGAAAAUCAAAUGACCUGCUGGAGGAUUGUCUCUGUAUCUGCUGGACAUUAUUACAACUGACAGAUCUUGCUAUUUGCAACUUAAUAUCGAUUUCGCAUUUCAUGUAAUGCACUAAUUUAUUGCAUCAAGUCAUCAGUGUUCUAUCAAGGUGCUGCUAAUGUUUUUGCACUACUGUGUUUGUGUCCUGUAAUUGCUUUCUGAUUGUGCAGUGCAGGAACAGUUUACUCCAUGUAUUGUGCUUAAGCAUUGUCAGGUAAUUGUGUAUAAUGUGCCAUAUAUUGCACUGCAUUUGCACUGUUACAGAUGAAGUGUUUGAUAGACAGUGGUUUCUAUUUUCCGUGAUAUGUGUAACAAAGACUCAGUCCAUAAAGGUUUUUGAACUGAGGCACAUUUUACUGUCAGUGUCACCCCACAGCUCUUGUAGUGCAACUUUGUUGAGACAAAAUACAUGGAUUUAAUCAGGAGCUGCAACAGUGAUGUCAGUGCUGAGAUAUGAAAAAACUGAGAAAAAAAAUACUAAAAACUAGUACUAAUGUCACCCUGUAAAAAGCUUAUUCAUUGCAAGUAAAAGUCAUGCAUGUUCAAAUGUUUACUUAAAUAAAACUACAGAAGUAUUAUCAACAA